AAACGUCAAAAUGAUUAAUACAAAUAUCACGAUAUUGUACGGCAGUGAAACCGGCACUGCACAAGACGUAGCUGAACAAAUUUGGAAAAGUGCCAAAAGAAAAAGUUUACAUAGUUCUGUCUGUUCCAUGAAUGACUAUGACAUUCAAAGUAUUGAUUCAGAAAAGGUGAUAAUAUUUGUAGUGGCAACUACAGGACAGGGAGAUCCUCCUACUAAUAUGAAACAAUUUUGGAGACUUCUGUUAAAAAAGAAUCUGCCGAAAACUUUACUAGCUAAUGUACAGUAUGGAAUGUUAGGUUUAGGUGAUAGUUCCUAUCAAAAAUUUAAUUUUGCUGCAAAGAAAUUGAACAAACGGUUGAUGCAAUUAGGUGCAAAGGAAUUAUUGCCUAUUGGGCUGGCAGAUGAUCAACACGACUUAGGAAUAGAUGCUGUUGUUGACCCUUGGCUGCAAGAAUUUUGGAUUAAGAUUAUAGAUGCAUUUCAAAUUCAUACAACAAAUUUGGUUAAUGAUCAAGAUAAAAUAAUUGAAAGAUUCAGUAUUUCUGAAAUAAAUACAAACUCUAUAAAUAAUGAGUAUUGCUUAGAGAAUAAUAUUUAUAUGAAAGAAGUACAUACAAAUGAUGAAAUGAAAGUGGGUACAAUAAUCGAAAAUAUAAAAACCACAACUGAAGAUCACUUUCAAGAUGUCAGAUUAAUUAAACUAAAAUCAGAUAAUAUUAAUUAUCAAGCUGGGGAUGUAGUAUAUGUUAGACCAAAGAAUUCUAACCAACAGAUUGACAAAUUUUUUAAUGUAUUGAGUAGUAAUAAUGUGCAGUUAGAUCCAGAUAUGAGAAUUCAAGUAUCUGAAAAGGAAGUUAAAGUACCUGCUGUUUUAAAGCAAACUUUAACUCUACGGCAAAUUGUAGAACAAUAUUGGGACCUGAAUUUCAGACCCAGAAGAUCGACAAUGCAAAUAUUGUCUUACAUCAGUGAAAAUGAAUUAGAAAAGGAAAAAUUUCAUGAGUUUACAAUGGCGAGUGGUCAAGAGGAACUGUACAAUUAUAUCAAUAGACCAAGAAGGAAUAUUCUAGAAUUAUUAGCAGACUUUCCUCAUACAACUAGCAAAUUGAAUAUAAGACUGUUAUUUGAAAUUAUGUCUCCCAUAAAGCCUCGUGCCUUUAGCAUAGCAUCAAGUUCAAGGGUCACUGAAAAUGAAAUUCAUUUGUUAGUAGCUGUAGUAAAGUAUAAAACUAAAUUGUUAGAACCACGAUAUGGUUUAUGCUCCAACUGGUUGGCUAGUUUAGAAAAGGGAGAAGAAAUAAUAUUUUGGAUACAGAAAGGGACUUUCAAGUUUGCAUAUGAUAAACCAAUGAUACUCAUUGGGCCUGGAACUGGUGUUGCACCAUUUCGUUCUGUACUACUAGAUAAAUCUGCACUGUAUGAUGAUCUGAGCAACUGUGUCCUCUUUUUUGGAUGUAGAAGUAAAAAGAAGGAUUAUCAUUGUAAAAAUGAUUUCGAAUAUUUAUCACAAAAGCUGCAUUUAAAUUUAUUUUGUGCAUUUUCUAGAGAUCAAGAACAUAAAAUAUAUGUACAACAUGUUAUAAGAGAUCAAAAACACUUAUGUUGGGAUUUCCUUAACAGUAGUGGUAAUAUUUAUUUAGCAGGUUGCAUUAAAUCUUCCUAUAAUACUUUUAGAGUUCACAUUCCAACUGGUACUGAACCUGUUCGUCUUUCCCCAGGCUGGGAAGGUACAGGUAGACCUGAUGAUGAGUUGAAUUUCAAAGGAGUCACGAUGGAUCAAGCAGAUCUUGAAUUAAAUCCUCCCAGAGAUAGAUUAAACGUUGUAUUCUGUAUAAUGGUACUACAUGGAAUUGGUGCCUUGAUGCCAUGGAAUAUGUUUAUAACAGCAAAAGAUUAUUUUGUUAACUACAAAUUAUCUAAGGAGUACACAGACAUCAAUACAGAUUAUGCAAAUAAUUUUCUUGCAUACUUAGGAUUUGCGGCGCAAAUACCGAAUUUACUCUUUAAUUGGUUGAAUGUAUUUAUACAAUUUGGUGGCAAUUUGACAACACGUAUAGUAUGGGGCAUCUUCGUACAAGUUUUAAUAUUUGUAUGUACUGUUAUUUUGGCAAUGACUGAUAGUUCUGGUUGGCCUGGUGUCUUUUUCUGGAUUACCAUGGCUUCUGUUAUUAUAUUAAACACUGCUACUGGAAUUUACCAAAACUCUGUGUUUGGUAUGGUUGCAAAGUUACCCACAAAGUAUACAGGAGCUGUUGUUUUAGGCGCAAAUCUAAGCGGAGCAUUUACAGCCAUAAUUAGCUUUAUUGCUCAAUAUAUGGCACCAAAUGCUCGAACUGCUGCAAUAUACUACUUUAUAACAGCUCUCUUUGUUCUUUUGGCAUGCUUUGACACUUACUUUGCACUGCCGAUAAAUAGAUUUUAUCGAUACCAGGAAUUAUUAUAUCAGAAAGAUUUAAAUAAAAGACAAUUAGAAAAUUGCGCAAGAGGAAAGCAAAAUACACCACCUUAUUGGAAAAUAUUUAAACAAUGUUUUCCUCAAUGCUUCAACACAUUCUUUGUAUUAUUCGUGACUCUUUCUUUGUUUCCAUCUGUUCAGUCCGACAUAAAAGCUUCAGAUCCGAAUUUUAUAGUUUCGGAAGAUUAUUAUAGUACUAUUAUGUGUUUCCUCACCUUUAACAUUACUGCCUUAAUUGGUAGUUCUAUCGCGUCAUUAGUUCAAUGGCCUAGUAAAAAAUACUUGGUAAUCCCAGUUGUUUUACGUAUUUUGUACAUACCAUUGUUUUUAAUGUGUAACUACAGACCAAAAGAUGUUACAAGAGUAUUACCAGUGUAUAUUAACAAUGAUUGGGUUUAUUUCUUAAUUUCUGUAACAAUGGGUAUAACUAGCGGUUACUUUUCAUCGCUGUCCAUGAUGUACUGUCCCAGAAUGGUAAAUUCGGAACAUACUGCGACAGCUGGUAUGUUUGCUGCAGCGUCGUUAAUUACAGGAAUUUUUACUGGAUUAUUGUUUUGUAUGGUGAUGCCAAGUUUGAUAGCAAAUCUAUCAUUUUAAUCACCGCACGAAUCGAUUUAAGACAUUUCUAAAAUAAUAAAAUGAAAAAAGGAAAGACCGUAAAAAAAGGAAUGAAAUCAGAAUUCACUGACGCAUAGUACAAUCUAAUUUUGACAUUAUACGGUUGAUGUUUUAAAGAGAAAACCAAUUCGUAUAGAUUUCGCAUCAUUGCAAUAGAUAAAACUGAGAAUGAAUUUUAUUGAAUUUUAUAACUGUGAGAGUUUGUGCGGAACGUAUUUAAUUUUAUUUUAUUGAUUCUCAUUUCAAUUAGUGGAAUGUGCUGUGUUUAUAAAUGAGGAAGAGGGACAA